CUCUUUUUUGCUGCGCGGUCUUUGUCAUGACACAGACUCUCCCCCUCACUCAGCCUGCGAAUGCUCCAUCGAAACAACGCUCAGCCGCUCUUGAUGAGCCAGAGGUCCCCGGCCCACCGACGCUGGAAGAGUUGAUGGCCGAUUACCAGGCCAAGUUCACCUGGGAGCAGCUCAAGAGGAUUAUCAGCUACGGGGACCUCGGGCUACUCAAGCGCGACAACAAGCUGCAGGAGCGGUACAUGAUCUGGUCCGAUGUCGUGCGCAGGCAACACGACGGCGACAUGAAGAAAUACCUCACCGAUGUCCGCCUCAAUUGGGGCCACCCCGACACGAUCUGCAAGCUCCCUUCGUCACUCCCGCGAGAAUGGCCCGCAAGCCACCCCAACGGCUCCGUCAACGGCACAACCUCCUCGCCGAACGCGUUCACCCGCGACCUCCCAUUCGACUCUCCCUAUCUCAGCAUUAUCAUCAACGACUGGCCGUACUCUGUCCCUCCGGAGGUCGAACACGCCCUCAUCUGGACACGCCUCCCUUUUCUCGAGCAGCGCAUUGAAGACGACGACGGUCUAUGGGGCCUCACCGGCACUGACGCGCCGCGGGCGGCAGACGGCGGGCGACUGCAGCUCUCGGACCUGGACGACUGUUUGGAGAUUCUCAAGGAGUGGGGGGUGAAGAGGGAGGCGGUGAAGGACUGGUCGCGGCCGAGCAGCAGGACGCCGGAGGAGCAGGAGAUGCUGGAUCAGGCUGCGGAGGAGGUGGGCGGGUUCGUGAAGCGGCUGUGGCCGGCGGAUGGGUGGGAGACGGCGUGGUUUGUCAAUCCCCCGAGGCUGCAGAGUGUUCCGGGGUUGGCGCACGCCCAUGUGUUCGCUCGGAGGAAGUGAAUCAAUGAUAUAGGUCGUAAAGCGCGUCAUUCGGGGCAGAUUUCGACAAUACCUCAUAGAAUAUAGAAGAUUUGAACGGAUGAUAUAGUUCUAGACGUCCUGAUAUAAAUAUUUGAACCUACUGAUACAUAUUCUAAGCUAACACUGUGCACAUUUUCACGUAGCCUCUGGAUCAACUCAUCCUAACCGAUAUCC